UGUAAUUUCGCGCCGGUGAGGUGUUUAUUGAGAGAUCUCUGAUCUACAAAGAAGAUGCGGAAUUUCUUUCAUUUAGUUCAAAAUUGUGUGUUGGAACUUUCGCUGCGCCCCCUGCUGUACGCAGGUGGAACUGGAGCCGCAACCGUAAUCAUUUACUAUUUAAUGCGUAAAACCGUGAAGGAAGCAGAUGCAGACCAAGAGGAAGAAUCUGCCAGCAAAGACUCUGGCUCACUCUUCGAAGUUCCUCAGGACGAGGCCAUGAUAUCUAAGGAUAUAGAUGUGUUGAAAUAUCAGGAGUCUCAGCUGGAGAUUGAGAACUUAAAGAAUCAUGUGGAGACACUUAGAGAGACCAUUGAGGACAUGAAGACCCACAUGUAUGAGAUAGAAAACAAGCAUAACGAGGAGCAUGAGAGAGUACAGAAGGUUCACAAAGCUCUCCAGCACAAGCAUGAAGAGACGGAGUGUGAGAGAGAGCGAGUGGCUUACCAAAACCUGUCUAUGGAGUUCAAUAAUACAAAGUUGUCUCUGGCUGACAUCAAGGCUUUAAUUGAGAGCUCUUUGGAUCAAAAGUGUGAGGAACAUCAGAAGGCUACAGAGUCCUUUAUUAACCUGCAGUUUGAGAAGUCCAACCUGAUGGAGGAGGUGGAGACACUGAAAGGAAAAAUUCAGGACAUGGGGAGCCUGAUCUGUGAGACACAGAAGAAGCAAAACGAGGAGAAUGAACUAUUGUCUCAGGAUUACAGAACCUUCGAACUGGAGCAAGAAGAAAUCAAGAGGAGUUUAAAUCGACACAUAAAGUUUCUAAUGGAUUUUAAGACUUUACUGUGGACUCACUGUUAUUUCACACAUAAAAUGGAACGGAAAAUGCAUCAAACUGGGGAUUUGCUGCAGAAAAUGUUUUUUCCCAGAGAUUACACGACUGUUUUUGCAUGUGUGUGCAUUCAUGUGUCUUUGUGUGUGUGUGUGUUUGCAUAUUAUUCAGUUUAACAUAUAAAACAAUGUAC